AUGCCAGCUUGUUAUAGCGGGCAAUUUCAGCAAACUACGUCAAUGACAGCAGCAACAGCAACAACGAGUGGUUCAAUUGGAGGAAAUGUGGCGAUGAGUGGAUAUAAUUAUUAUUCGAUGCCAGCUUAUUAUACAACACCAGUUACACAGACUACGCCAGCAACAACGAGUGGUUCAAUUGGAGGAAAUGCGGCGAUGAGUGGAUAUAAUUAUUAUUCGAUGACAGCUUAUUAUACAACAUCAGUUACACAGACUACGUCAAUGACAGCAGCAACAGCAACAACGAGUGGUUCAAUUGGAGGAAAUGUGGCAAUGAGUGGAUAUAAUUAUUAUUCGAUGCCAGCUUAUUAUACAACAUCAGUUACACAGACUACGCCAGCAACAACGAGUGGUUCAAUUGGAGGAAAUGCGGCGAUGAGUGGAUAUAAUUAUUAUUCGAUGACAGCUUAUUAUACAACAUCAGUUACACAGACUACGUCAAUGACAGCAGCAACAGCAACAACGAGUGGUUCAAUUGGAGGAAAUGUGGCGAUGAGUGGAUAUAAUUAUUAUUCGAUGCCAGCUUAUUAUACAACAUCAGUUACAAAGACUACGCCAGCAGCAACGAGUGAUUCAAUUGGAGGAAAUGCGGCGAUGAGUGGAUAUAAUUAUUAUUCGAUGCCAGUUUAUUAUGUAGCAUCAGUUGCACAGACGAUGCUAUAUAAUCAAGCAGGAACGAUAUACGGUGCAAGUGGAAACAUUGAACAACCAAGUGGAUACGGUAUUCCGAUGUCUGGUUAUUAUCAAAUGCUGCAGGAUCGGUCCACUGUAAAUACACAAUAUGGCUCUGGUAUGUUUUAUGGUCAACAACCAGUUGUUUAUCCAUCUGUUGCACAAGCAACUGCAUAUUCUUCAUUCCCACGAACUCAUGAACAGAUGUCAAUCUGGUCUGUUUGGAAUGAAUGGUACGGUCAGUCAAGAAAUUAUGUUUUACACAACAAUGAUGAAUAUCCGCCUCAUCAAACAUAA